UCUGACUAAGACAAAGUCAACCUUUUCUAUGCAUUAUUCUUUUCUAUAUAAUACCAGUAUGCAACGCAUAUCAAAAAGUAUAUCACUACAAGAAAACCUUUUGUUAUCACUAAAGAUUAAUAAUUCCUUCUUGUACUAUUUUUAUUUUGAGAAGAAUUUUAUAGUUCAUCGGAAAGUGAAAUGGCACCACCACCAUCCACCACUAUCCCACCGUUCGUUGGCCUCAUCGUGAGGAUUCUUACGUUGAUUUGCUUGUUGAGUUCACUCAUUGUGAUUGCCACCAACACUCAAACUACUAGUACUGAUUUUGUUGAUAUCAAAAUCAAGUCUACGGACUUUUAUGCUUACAGAUACUUGAUUUCAACUGUGGUCAUUGGAAUAGCAUAUACUCUUCUUCAAACUGCCUUCACAAUUUUCUUUGUGAACACUGGAAAUCGCCUUGGUGGUGAGGGUCUCUGUCUAUUUGACUUCUAUGGUGACAAGUUUAUUUCCUACUUCCUUGCUACUGGAGCAGCUGCAAGUUUUGGGAUGACACAAGAUUUGAGGAGGCUUGUAGCCAAUGAUGAAGGCAGUAAAUUUAUCAACACUGCAAAUGCUGCUGCCAGCCUUUGCCUUAUAGGAUUCUGUUUUUCUGCUGCGUCAUCAAUUUUCUCAUCUUUUGCUCUUCCAAAAAAAGCUUGAAUUAAAAAAAAAAAAAAAUCUCUAAUUAGUUUGAUCCAAUGUUUUGAGAGAUUAUGUUUUUCUUUUUGACACGUACGUUUGGUCAGUCAUGUAGUACUGUUGAGUUGCAAUUUGUAUUUAAAAUGUAUGUACUUGAUUAAGUAAGGCUGUGAAGUUGUGUGAGUUUUAGGGUGGUUUUGUAUUAUUUCUAAAUUUGUUUUGAGAAUUGUACUCGUCAAUUUGGGUAUUUUCUUGUGUUUCCCUUUAGAAAUUGUAUUUUCCAAAGUCAAUAAAAUUAGUCAUCUGUGAAUUGCAGACAUUUCUAUUA